AUGAGUCCUUUGUGUAGAUGCGGAAUUCCUCUUGUUGCAAGCGUUGUUACAGGAAAACCAGUCAAGAAAGAUGACAAACUCUGGAAGUGCAAACAUUGCAGACAUUGCGCAUUGAUGAAUGAAAUGAAAGAUAUCAAAUUCUGUCCUUUAUGUCAUUUUCAAAUUUAA